ACCCUCCGCGCUGCUGCAUGCGCUCCGUUUACGCGCUCCACUCCUAGCGGUGGUUUCGUGUUACUGAAUAAUACCCGACGGAGACACGGCCGCGGGAGCGGUAGAGGGAGGAAAGAGCAGGGAGGGAGAGAGGGAGAUGAGCAUCUUGUUCCAAUGAAACACCAAGCAGUGUGACGAUGACAGCGAAAGGCAGACAUAAAGCGGUCCCCUUCCCCCUGGCCCACCGGCUCACCAUGAAGGAGGUGUUUGAUGCCGAGGGCCGGCCGCGGGUGGACCUGCUCAAAGCUCACCUCACCAAGGAAGGCCGACUGGAGGAGGCUGUGGCUCUGCGCAUCAUCGAUGAGGGCGCCGCCAUCCUGCGCCAGGAGCGCACUAUGUUGGACAUUGAGGCGCCAGUCACGGUGUGCGGAGAUAUCCACGGCCAGUUCUUCGACCUGAUGAAGCUGUUUGAAGUGGGCGGUUCUCCUGCCAACACUCGCUACCUCUUCCUGGGGGACUACGUGGACAGGGGCUACUUCAGCAUCGAGUGUGUGUUAUACCUGUGGUCACUGAAAAUCCUCUACCCAAAGACGCUCUUUCUUCUACGGGGAAACCAUGAAUGUAGACACCUGACAGAAUAUUUCACCUUCAAACAAGAAUGUAAGAUCAAGUACUCGGAGCAGGUGUAUGACUCCUGCAUGGAGGCGUUUGAUUGCCUGCCCCUGGCAGCCCUGAUGAACCAGCAGUUCCUGUGUGUGCACGGAGGGCUUUCACCAGAGAUCCACACGCUGGACGACAUCAAGAAGUUGGACCGGUUCAAGGAGCCCCCAGCGUUUGGGCCCAUGUGCGACCUGCUCUGGGCCGACCCCCUGGAAGACUUUGGCAACGAGAAGACCCAAGAGUACUUUGGCCACAACACAGUCAGAGGCUGCUCCUAUUUUUACAGCUACCCAGCAGUGUGCGAGUUCCUACAGACCAACAACCUGCUGUCAAUCAUCAGAGCGCAUGAAGCACAGGAUGCCGGGUAUCGUAUGUACAGGAAGAGUCAGACUACAGGCUUUCCCUCCCUCAUCACAAUCUUCUCUGCUCCAAACUACCUGGACGUCUACAACAACAAAGCGGCGGUGCUGAAGUAUGAGAACAAUGUGAUGAACAUCCGUCAGUUCAACUGCUCCCCUCACCCCUACUGGCUGCCCAACUUCAUGGACGUCUUCACCUGGUCGCUGCCUUUCGUGGGAGAGAAGGUGACUGAGAUGCUGGUCAAUGUUCUGAGUAUCUGCUCUGACGACGAACUCAUGAACGACGGAGAGGAGAUCUUCGACGCCAGUGCAGCAGCAGCCAGGAAAGAGGUGAUCAAAAACAAGAUUCGAGCCAUCGGGAAGAUGGCGAAAAUGUUCUCCGUUCUACGGGAGGAGAGCGAGAACGUGUUGACCCUGAAGGGGCUGACCCCUACAGGCAUGCUGCCCAGCGGAGUGCUGUCUGGGGGAAAGCAGACCUUGCAGAGCGCCAUCCGGGGCUUCUCUCCGCAGCAUCGGAUCCGCAGUUUCGAGGAGGCCAAGGGCCUGGACCGGAUCAAUGAGAGGAUGCCUCCUCGACGCGAAGGCGUCAACAGCGUGGGCCUGUCGAUGGGCCGCAUGAACAUGGGAGAGCCCAAUGGGACCGACAGCAACAGCAAUAUACAGUGAUGGACACACACUCCCUCAUGCCCAGACACACACCUGCAGUUACAACAACUCUGAUGAGUUACCGAAUUUAGAGACACGUGUACAUAGGCAUAUAUACACGAAAGUGCACCACACACACACAAACACAGUAUUACAUUCACUGAAUAGGCUACAGACAACCUCACACACACACACACACACACACACACACACACACACACACACAUGAUUACCUAGCCCAUCCCCGUUGCCCGCAGCUGUAUGUAAAGGCAUGAGCGCACCCGGACUUUACCACCAACGGCUGAGUCUCUUCACUGAACUGUUCAGCACCAUUUAAAGAACUACAGCUCCCAUGUACCUGCACAACUAAAGGAAAGGAACUACAAAAACUUCACCAUGCAAAACAGACGGAGCUGCUGCUCACCGUGUUUGUUGGGGAUCACCAGUGGGUGGCCAGUGUCAGCAUGGCGCGGUUGUGUCGGUGGAGCGUGUUGCGUCGGGGGGGGGGGGGGGGGGUGCGCGUGUUUGCACGGGGGAUGGGGGUGAGGGUGGUAAUCAGGGGCGGGGGCGCUGAAGACACGUAUGCGUCUCUUUCCUGUUUGCAUCCCCAAACAGGAAGUGGAUCGGUUGAUUUUAUAGAGUUGCGGAUAUGCCUGCCUGCGUGUGUGCACAUGCUUUAACAUGUAAAUGUCCAUGCGGUUGUAUUGGGAAAUGUGUUUCCGUUUGCCAACACGAGCUGAUCUCGCCAUCAGCCGGACAACAGCGAGAUUUCUUCUUUUUUUAUUUGUUCAUGUGUGGUGUGGUAUCUGUUGCUGAGAGAUGUGUGGAGAUAAUCUCAGCUGCAGUCUAAUCUGAGCCCUCGCUGUCCUCUUCUUCUUGGGAGGAGUUUCCCUGUUUGCUUUUGUAGCACUACACUGUACCCAUCCUCCACAAGCCAAGUGGAGGCCCCCCCCACCCCCCUCCUCCAUCUCCCCCAGAAGAAAACCCCUCUGGUCCAAGGCCAGCUAGCUCUCCGGAAAGCCUUGAAACUGGGAUUAGAUCUGAAGCGAGUGUUUAUCCCGACCUGUUGCGUGUAAAUAGGUUACAUAGAGAGGUUUUAUUGCACAUGGGAUGCAUAUGGUCGCAAGAUGCAAAAUGUGAGAUGCAAGAUGCAAGAUGCGAGAUGCGAGAUGCAAGAUGCAGUAUAGCGGAUAUACGAUACUUUAUGUAUGAGAGGGAGCCGUGGGGUGGUGAAGUCAUACUCCAUUCAUUCUCUUUCUACAUCAUCCUUUCUUUCCACGUUGCUGUCAACAGGGAUGUCCGUGAAUCUCUGGCCUGAAGAGCAGGAAACAGUAUUUCACAGGGGAAACCGAUAAUUCUUGUUAAGGCAGCAGCCCCGACAACAACAAGAAGACAGAGAAAAGGUCUUUGUAAAGCAUUUAUAUUAACGCAUCAGUGCAUGCAGAGUUAAGUUCUUUGAUAAUAAUGUGAAGAUUAUAUUUGUGCUUUGUGUUUCACGAUGGUAGGAUAUUUAUUUUGUUUUUGUUUUUCUUGCUAAUAUAAAUGAACUGAGGAAUAAUGAAUACAUUAUUUUGUACAUAAUGUUAAUUUAACUUGUUUUUUGUAUUAAUUGCCUUUUUUUUCACGUUUUCUUUUUCUUUCCCACAACUGUACAGAAUGACGGUACGCUUCUAUUCAAAGUGUCAAGUCCACGCUCUCUCUCUCUCUUCUUCGGCGGUGUACAGGAGUGGUUUUUAACGAUAAAUAGGAAUAACGAUAAACAAAUAUUAACCUCGCAUUGAUGAAUGACCAUUCUGUAUACAGAGGCACAGGCAUUCGAGCAGCCAAAAGCAUGAUUGCAUGGUUAAAAUGUGCGCUGUUUCAAGCAAAAAGCAGCAAGACACAUUUUAAUAAAAGUUGCCGUCGCAAUUUAAAGGAAAAAAAAGUGUACUCUCUCUGAUCAUAAUUCUUGAUGAUUCCUCUUAUUUGAUGAUAUUUAUGAUUCUAUGAUUAUUAUGAUUCUAUUUAUUAUGGGCAUUAUUCUUAAUAUUUAAGCUCUCUCUCUCUCUCUCUCUCUGCUGGUUGCUCUUCAUGUUGCGUUGCUCCUUGGUUGAUCUUGUUGUGCUUCUUUGGGAGAGGUGAACCUCUCUGGGAGACCCUGUGCCAUAGCAAUUGUGCCACGGUUUUAACUCUCUCUCUCUCUCUCUUUCUCUCUGUUCUGACUCCCCAGUCACUAACACUGUAAGCAUGCCCCAUGGGACGAUCCACUUUUUUACUCUUGAAUAAAAUAUGCAUGGACCUUU